AGGUAACCAGAAGCGGCAGCAUUAAACCGAGCGGCAGCAACCCUGAUGGGUUCAGUGUGACUGGAUGUCUGUCUGCGGCCGGACCCGAGGCUGACUGUGGGACGAAAAGCGACUGUAGGCGAAUGAAGAAGCAACUCAUCUUUCACUUCACAUACAGAGAGCUUCGAACGAAAGGAAAGAAGUGUAAAAGAAGAAAAUGGACUAUAAAUUGCGAAAAGCAGAACCCAGGGACGUCCCUGAUAUAUUACGAAUGGUGAAGGAGCUUGCAAAAUAUGAAGGGAUGGAGGAACAUGUGAAGUUAACUGAAAAACAACUCCUUGAAGACGGCUUUGGUGACAUUCCUUUUUAUCACUGUGUCCUUGCUGAAGUCCAGGGAGAGAGCAGUACUGAUGAUCCAAAGGUGGUGGGUUUUGCCAUGUACUACUUCAGUUAUGACACCUGGGUUGGCAAGGAGAUCUGCCUGGAAGAUUUCUACGUAAUGGAGGAGUACAGAGGGAAGGGCAUUGGCUCAGAUAUCCUGAGAAACCUCAGUGACCUGGCAAACAUGAACGGCUGUGUGGAAAUUAAGUUUGUGGUGGCAGAGGACAACAAGGAGACAAUUGAGUUUUACAAGCGGCGUGGUGCUCAAGACUUAUCUCAGACGGAGGGCUGGAGGCUCUACAUAUUCCCAAAGGACAGCCUGCUCAAGAUGGCAACUCAGACGGAAGAAUGAGCUGGUGGAGGAACUCCUACAUUCAGACAUGAGACGGGUCCGGUUGUGGAUUGAGUCACAAUGUUGGUGCUCUAAAUUUGGCUGUUUGUUUUGUAACCUGUAGACGGUGACGGCAGUCUGAUGAGGAAUCAGCCUUUAUGGGGUCUAUUUGUCUUCCUUUCAGUUUUGUUAGAUGAUGCAUUAUUUUUUGUUUUUGUUUUUUUCUUUAAUUUGCUUCCUUUUAAUGUCUGACAUGAAUUCUACAUGAUCUUUAAUCAUGAUGAGGUGCUCAUAUGUUAUAACAAUCUGCUAAUAAAAUAUGUGGAAUGAUUA